AUGUCGGACUCUUUCACCGUCUCGCUUCGCCCGAUACGCGAAAAACGCGAUCGUCCAGAUUCUUUACCCCGUGAGAUCGCUCAGAUCAACGCGCAAUGGGGGUCCUUCCGAGAGCUCAGCGAGGCGAAGUUACGGGAGAUGAUCGAGGAGGACAAACACAAGGACCAUUGGGAGGAAGACGAUGAGGGUGACAAGGAAUCGACGGACUUGGAGACGUCGGAGCAGUUGGACCAACUUUACAAACGUCGAGCGGAAAUCAUCCAAUAUGCACUACAGGCUCACAUGGAGGCCUCUUUCGCGCUAGAUUUUGUUUCCCUGUUGCUAUCAAAGCACCAACCCCGCCAGGCUGAAACGUCUAUGUCCCCUUUCUUAAAGUCGGCCGCACCCCUUGGCUCCCUCAACUCGGAAGUCGUUAAUCCGCCGCCGAGACCCGAUUCGACCUUGAAAGACAUAAAAUCGGUGGCCAGAGGAUGGCGGCUGCAGAAUUUCAACUCGGCCGCUGACAAACUUCUCAAUGCCGGCUCGAGACUCGAGACUGAGGUGAACUCGGAGACGAAGUACUGGAAUGAGGUCUUAGCGGUGAAGGAGAAGGGCUGGAAGAUUUGUCGAUUGCCGCGAGAAAGCCAGGCGCUUGGGGUACAAUAUGGAUUCCUAGAAGCUACGCCUAUUUUCCGUGACCGAGGGCUCGCUGCGCUGCGAAGGACCGACGAUGGAAGCUUGUUCCUGGAUAAAGGCUUGAUCCCUCUGAAAUCGCAAGGAGUACGUGUCCGUGUGAGACGAGGCGAUCGUAUCGUCGGAUGCUCAAAAGUCUGCCGACCGCCACAAGACGCCGAGUCAAUCGAGAGCCGCAUUCUGCAAGCCCGCGAUACAGUUUUCGAAGAAGAGCUCUUCUACGAAGUAAUGCGAGAAGCGAGAAUUCUAGGUACUCAAGGGGUGAAAACCAGACAAAACCUGGUGCAGGUACCUGUGUCCGAUGAGCAAGAAAUUCUGCUCGAUCUGGUCGACUGGGACCAGGAUCGUGACCCCGAUGCAGCUGAUUCCACUGAGCAAGACGUGUUUGCCGAUGCGGUCGCUCACUCCAUUCGUAUACUUCUUACAUACGCCCACCGUCAGAAUCUUCGUCGCAGGACACAACCCCCUCCCCCACUAGCUCCGAAGCGCCGACCGGUCCCCGAAUAUCACAUUCUACGGCCGAUUAUGGCUUACUUACAGCACAAGUCUCAUAUCCAAUGGUUAGAGUCGCUCAUAAACGACCUCCGCGGUGUGCUCCAGUCCGCUGGCAUUCCCUGUGACUUCAAGGCAACUCAGUUCUCUUCAAUUGGCACGCUACAGCCAAGCAAUCAGGUUCCGAAGGUUGAAGCAGUGGCAGGGGUUUUCCUUGCGCCUUUUUUGUCGACAUUCUCAGGGAAUCUGGUUACGCCACAGAGCUCAUUCCGCAUUCAAAUCCGAACGAACCUUGCUGUGCCGCCAUUUGGUACAUUUUAUGAGCUCUCAGUCAAUCUUCCACAAUACCCUGACGUGCAGCCCCCCAACCACGUCGGACUCCAGGAUGAGGUUUCUGCAAUACUUACUCAUGUCAUUAUGCUUGAUAUAGCCGCGGCGAUUCCACUGCAAUGCCGCGACACAGCUGACAAGGAAGCCAAAGAACGGGUAUCCUGGGACGUUGAUUAUCCACACCACGGAGAGUUGCAUUUCUUGAGCCGUAAUGGCCAAAGCAGAAAGAUGAAGAUUAGUCUCUCUCGGCAAGAAUUGACUAUCGAGACGUAUCAACUCAACAGAAUGAGAGGGGUUACGCCAGGAGCGGCAACAUCGCCGACCUUAUGGCAGACAUGGAGGGCUGACUCUCCAGAAACGAGACCUACCCUUAGUGAAUUCGUUGCCCAGGCGUCUCAGCCAUAG